AUGAGGCCGCAAUGUGGUGAAAUUAUCAAAAUUCCUGAAGUAGUCAGAACAGAUAAAUAUUUAUAUGAUGUACAUGUUGUAUAUGUUACUUUUCUAUGUAUUGCUGGUUGUCAAGCUGCAGUGGUCCAAAUAGAUCUCAAGAAACAGACAUGUUACAGUCACUCUCUUAAAGGAAUCACCAAAAUCAACAACAUUUAUUUCAACCAAGAUGGUUCAAUCAGAACUUGGAGAGCCUAUGGCAUAGGAGAUGGCACUUUUCUUUCAAAAGAAGAAGUUUCUAUGAUGUCUCCAACAAAGCAAUCAGAAACUGGUCUGAUUAUCUUAGAGGACUUGAAGCAGCCUGAUUCAACCGAAGGAAGUGUAAGGAAUACUGUUGUGGCCUCAUCUGAUAAUGGCUGGGCCCUGCGAAAAGAUAGGAAGAUUAACCGUUUCUUUGAAAAGGUUAAAACUUUUCUAAGAGGCAUAUUUGAGGCAGGACAAGGUGGCAAGAAGGUCAACCCUAUGGAUGCAGCCAACCACAUGAGGGUUUGCAUGGAUGAAGAUGUUUCAGCCAAAUGA